AUGUUCAUUUCAUUUCGUAAAGAAAUGAUGAAAUAUAAACCAUAUAAUAAUAUGCCAAUGACCAAAUACAGCAAGUUCGUGUCAGAAAGGUGGAAAAAUUUAUCUGAAGAAGCGAAGGUUGAACUACAAAGGCAAUAUCAAAUAAAUCGAGAUCAAAAAUUACGACGAGAACGAGUAACAAUUGCCGAUCAAUGCAUCGCAAAUCAUGAAAGAACAAAAAGAAAAAGCAAGCAAAUAGAUCAAUAUGCAAACGUUGCGUGGAUUGUAAAAGUUCUCGAAAAGCAGCGUGGAGUUAGUUGCAUUACUUCUACUAUACUGAAAAUCAUUGAUAUAAUGAAAUCGCCAUCCUUUACGUUUACAGCUGCACUUGAUGAACAUAACGUUUCCACAGUUAAGACUUAUAUUAAAGAUCGCUAA